AGUUUUGCUAUGCGGUUACGGUUGAAAUAAUAGCCCAUCCGCGCAUCUCUACCGUCAUCGUCUCCUGCUGGUGCUGGUUUCUUUUUUUGUGGGUAAGAAGGACGGCUCGUUGCGCCCCUGCAUUGACUAUCGUGGACUAAAUGACUACAGUCAAGAAUCGUUAUCCUUUACCCCUCGUCAACAGCUUUUGAUUUGCUACAGGGGGCCCAGAUUUUCACUAAACUGGACUUGAGAAAUGCCUACCACCUUGUGAGGAUUAGGGAGGGAGAUGAAUGGAAAACAGCCUUCAACACCCCAACAGGCCACUAUGAAUAUCUCGUGGUCCCUUUUGGAUUAACCAAUGCGCCAGCUGUUUUUCAGGCUCUGGUCAACGAUGUCUUGAGAGACUUCUUAAAUGUUUUUGUUUUUGUUUACCUUGAUAUUUUGCUCUUUUCCCGUACUCUUGCUGACCACAGGCUCCACGUCAGGCAGGUUCUCCAGCGGCUUCUGGAGAACAAACUGUUUAAGGCAGAGAAGUGCGAAGUCCAUAAGGAUUCAGUCUCUUUUUUUGAGACUACAUUAUCUCUCCCUCCCAGGUCCAGAUGGACCCCUCAAAACUGAAGGCAGUGGUUGACUGGGUCACUCCUUCCUCAAGACGGGAACUCCAGCGUUUCCUGGGCUUCGCAAAUUUCUACAAGCAGUUCAUCAGGAACUACAGUUCUGUGGCUGCCCCCCUUACUGCUCACUUCUACUAAGUCCCCUUUCCGCCUCGCAGUCUGGAGUGGGAGGCAUUCUGUCCCAGAGAUCCUGCAAGGAUAAUAAGCUUCACCCAAGUGCUUUCUUUUCUCGCCGCCUCUCUCCUGCAGAGAGAAACUAUGAUCUUGGAGAUCGGGAGCUGCUGGUAGUGAAACUGGCCCUGGAGGAAUGGAGGCAUUGGCUGGAGGGAGCUGAUCGUCCUUUCCUGGUAUGGACGGAUCACAAGAACCUGGAGUAUCUCCGAACAGCCAAGCGCCUCAAUGCUCGACAAGCCAGGUGGUCUCUUUUUCUCACAGUUCAAUUUCUCUCCUAUCGUCCAGGAUCCAGAAAUGCCAAGCCAGAUGCUCUUUCUCGGCAAUUCUCCUCAGCUCAGGACCCAGCCUCCGUGGAGACCAUCCUCCCUUCUCAGUGCCUGGUGGCAGCAACCCGAAUGAAUAUAGAGACUUGUCCAGAAGGCUCGGGAGCAGGAACCAGUACCAAGUCAAGAACCCCCCAACCACUUGUUUGUGCCUCUCAGUCCGGUCACAGGUGCUGGAAUGGGGGCAUGGUUCCAUAAUUGCAUGCCAUCUUGGGACAGCCCGGACCCUGGCACUGGUCGGACAGUGCUUUUGGUGGCCAUCCAUGAGGAGGGACGUCCGGACCUUUGUGGCAGCCUGUAACAUCUGCAGUAGGAACAAGACGGGUAACAGACCUCCUGCAGGGCUCCUAAGGCCUCUCCAAGGCCUCUCACCGCCCCUGGUCACAUAUAGCCAUUGAUUUUGUGACUGGGGUCCCCAAUUCUGAUGGGAAUACCUGUAUUCUGACAGUGGUUGAUCGAUUCUCCAAGGCUGCACAUUUUAUUCCGUUGCCCUCUGCCAAACAGACUGCCAAGUUGCUAGUUUCUCAUGUUUUCCACCUGCAUGGUCUUUACUCUGACAGUCUCUGAUCGAGGGCCUCAGUUCUCUGCCUGGUUUUGGAAAGCGUUUUGCAAACUAAUUGGUGCCUCUCCCAGCUUGUCCUCAGGUUUCCACCCCCAGACAAAUGGGCAGACUGAGCGUGCAAACCAGAAGCUGGAAGUGGCACUCGGAUGUAUGACCUCUCAGGACCCUGCCUCUUGGAGCAAGACUCUUCCCUGGGUGGAAUACGCACACAACUCCUUGCCCACCUCAGCCACUGGUCUCUCCCCCUUUCACUGCUGUUUGGGUUAUCAACCACCCUUGUUUCCUACCCAGGAGGAGGAGGUUGCAGUUCCCUCAGCCCAGGCUUUUGUGCGCCGGUGCAAGAGGACUUGGUCUCGAGCCAGGACCCAGCUCUUGCGCUCAGUGGAUGCCUUUAAGAAACAGGCAGACGGGCAUCGUUCUGCUGCUCCAAUGUACAGAGUGGGCCAGAGGGUGAUGCUGUCCCCUCGCGACCUACCUCUCCAGUCCCCCUGCCGCAAGUUGAAUCCCAGGAUUGUUGAUGGAGGUGAAGUCUUUACGGUGAGCAGACUCCUGAGGGUGCGUCGCCGAGGUAGAGGACUCCAGUACCUCGUUGACUGGGAGGGCUAUGACCCAGAGGAGCACAGCUGGGUCCCUGCCAGGUUCAUCGUGGACCGCACUCUGAUCACAGUUCCACCAGCGCCAUCCGGAGAAACACUCUUUGCCAGAUUGUCACGUCUUUCACAGUGGAUUCUCGCCUAUGCUCAUGCUCUUUUGGAUUACUGUUUUUUGACCUAAGCCUGUUUUUUGGACUUGUGAAUUGGACUCAACCAUUUUGGAAACCUUUGCUUGGACCUUGCAUUCUUUUGUUGCCAACCUAUGCCUGUUCAACCACGUGAGUCUCGCCUAGCCCUUUUGAUUCAUCUGGCCUACCCGUGUACCGAACUCUGCUUGUUUUUGCCACCUUGGAUUUUUGACUGAACCUUGCCUGUGUUUCUGCCUGCCUACCUGUGUACCAAACUCUGCCUGUUUUUGCCACCUUGGAUUUUUGACUGAACCUUGCCUGUACUGCUGCCUGUUUCUGCCUGCCUACCUGUGUACUGAACUCUGCCUGUCUUGCCACUAUGGAUUUUGACAAACCUGCCUGUACCUCUGCUGUUUUUGGAUUUUUUGAGUUUGCACUGUUUUGUCAAGUCACAAGACACUGCCUGGCUGCCGUUUCCUGUGUUCUGUCAUUAAA